UUUCGGACGAGUCCAGUCGAUAAGUAUGAAGACAACUAUGCCCCCACUCCUCACCACACCCAUUCAACCCUUAAAUAAUUUUUCACCCCUUUAACUGAAAAUCGUUGACACAAUACUUGGUACAAACAAAUUAAACCUGAUUUAUGUGGUACCUUUGAUCUCUGCCUUGGGGCAAAUUUUUAUCCUGAAAAAUGAUUGAAUGACUGACGAGGAUUGCAUUUGUAUGAGUAAAAUAAAAAAGAAUUUUUGUCAUUCAAUGAAUACAGUGACUCGAGAAAUUUAAUCUUUGCAGAGGUAUUAAUUAUAGAUCGAACUCAAAGAUAAACUCAAGGUAAUUCAUCUUCGUUAAUAUCUCUUGAAUCUUGAUAACAUUUUACCACAAUGUCCUGUACAAUAAGACUGCAGAGCGAUCCGGUAUAACAAUCAUUGGGUGUGCGGUGGAACAUCAAUAGCAUAUUGCCGGUUGUAUCGUCUACAAGAAGAUAAUAGUGGACGGUUAAUAUUCUAGUACAACAUUGACCGUGGUUCGAAAUGGAUGUAACAGUUAAAAAAAGUUUGAAAUCGGAUCUUAUCGGAGCAGUGAUAAUCACAUUACUUUCCACCUGUACAUUCGGAAUCAACGGUUUGCUAAAAGAAGAAUGCCCUGAAACUGAAAUAGUCGAUUUAACCGUAAAUUCGUCUGACUCUUUAGCGUCUUUGAGAAAAUAUGGUACGGAUAGAUUUCCACCGAACGCGACAUGGUCGAUUAACGGUAAAGUUUUCGGGUGUCUCUGCGACUUGGGAACAUGCCUAACACUCUGCUGCUCGUUGCACAUGGCCCGAUUUCAGGGUGACUGCGUCGAAGACAAUGCGACUUCCGAUUUCCUGCCUGGAAUCAGAACAUCAAUAGAUAACAAAACCGAAAUAGAUAACGUACCCCUAAAAACUUCUUAUCUCUCAAUCGAUCAACCUUGCGAUCUUGGAUGGAUGCAGCCUUCGUUAUUGGACAAUUUUUCCUUGUUGCAAGACGGUUCGAUUUUCGAUCCAAAUAAAGAAGGACGAAAUCGCUGGGAAUUUGGAUAUUAUUGUUUGUUCCGUGAACCAAAGUCAUCCAAUUAUUUAGCAAAAGUGUGUCACAUACUUCCGGAAAGAAGUUAUAUGCAAAUAACCGUCGUCAUGAUAGCUUGUCUCUUCAUGACCGCAACUUUUAUCGGUUACACUAUCGUACCUGAAUUAAAAAACUUCCACGGUUUCAUAUUUCGUUGUUACAUCGCCACCCACAUAAGUCUCCACAUCUGCGAACUCUCCACCCAAGCGACCACCGAGUCGAGGACUUACGCGAACGUAUUCAGCUUCUUCAGAUUCUGCGCUGUGAACUGUGCCGUAUCCUGUGCGUUUUGGCUGAACGUAAUGAGUUUCAAUAUUUGGAGAGCGUUUCGGGGAUUGUCAUCCGUGGAUCCGAAUGGUAGAAAACGUGGGAGGAAACGUUUCUUUUGGUACGCGAUGUACGCCUGGUUGUUGCCACUUGCUAUGACAUCAACUUGGACGGCUGUUAAUUACUUGGUGCCUCAAUUCCACAGCGAUACAAUCGAUGUAAAUCUGAGGUGGUCAAUCAUCAUCGGAUUACUGACUGUAGUCCUCAUAGCAAAUGCGAUCAUGUACAUUUCUACUGCUCUAACGAUCAGAAGACACAAGCAAGAUACGGCCCACCUAACAUCCGGCGUUAAUAAGCAUCACGAAGUUGACAAGCAGUGGUUCAAUUUGCACAUAAAAUUGUUCUACGUCAUGGGAGGUAAUCUAAUUGUCUGGAUUAUCUGGAUGUUCUUUCGUACCGACUCGACUUUGUCAACGGAUAUUUUGAUGCUAGCUGAAUUAUUGCAAUGCUCUUUAACGGCGAUAAUUUUUUUAUGGAAAGAAAACGUCAAAAGAUCCAUACGAAAGAGAUUUCGCAGGGCGUUGGCGCCCGGAAGCACCUCUUUGUCUACACUACCCUCGAGCUCUUAUUAAUCUUGUACUUUUUCCUAUCGGUAGACCGAAUAAAGAUCUGUAGUAUUCGCUA